GGACGUCCCGCGAUGCUGGCUCGAUCACAACCGCUGGCAGAAAUGCUAUCGCGGCGUCACUACUUUCGAAUAAUCAGACAAAUUGUUACACGUCUCAGAUCAUCUAAGAUGAGUUAAUUUAUAUCGAUUUUGUUGAGUUUUAUGUAUUAUUUAUAGUUUGUUUCGGACGGCCGAAGGUCGCGUCCUUUAAUCGAUGAACAAUUAAAAGUGACAGUGUGUGACUACCCGCGUGGACAGACACUUUUUGAUACAUAUAUAUUUAUAAAAAAAGUGCCAACGCAUAACAUAGCUUAGUAUACAGGGACUAAAAAUAUCUAUAGGAACUCUCAAUAAAUUGCAUCUUCAUGGAAUAUGGGCAUCUGUUUAGACACUGAACAAAACAAUGAGGAGCAGGACAGAGAGAGCUAUGGGGAGUCCCGCAGGGGGCGCGAGAGCGCGUGGGGCGGCGCCACACCGCCCGCUGCCGCCUUCCCCAUGCAGAACUCCAGCCACGUCAAGUUUGAGCCUCCGACCGUGCCUGUUAUAUUCGUACUUGGAGGGCCGGGCAGCGGCAAGGUGACGCACUGCGACACGCUGGUGCAGGAGCGGCGAGGCCUCGUGCACGUCAACAUGACCGACCUGCUGCAGCAGUACGCCAUCGGCAACGACAUGCAGGACUUUGGUUCGCUAUCAAGCCGCACAGUGACGGAGGUGCUUAUGCUGGAGAUGAAGAUGGCGCCCGCCGCUGGCGCCUACCUUGUGUCCGGUUACCCGCGCUCCAUGCGAGACCUCGCUGAGUACACCGACAAGAUCCAGACAGUGAGCGGAGCAGUCGUGGUGAGCUGGCGACAGCGCGUGUUGGAGCGGCAAAUAGAGUACGGCGCGCGGCUCGGACACGUCGUACUCAGCUUGGCGCGGAUGGAGCUUGCACAUUUCUACAGACACGUCGUGCCCGUCGCUGAUUACUUCGACCACACUGGAAUGCUUAUUGUGGUGAAUGGUGAAAGAAAUCCCGAAGAAGUGUACAAGGAUUUCCGAGCUGCUGUCCUGCAGAUCCUGGGUACUACAGAAGAUGAGAAUAUUAAUGGCGUCAGUGGAGUAGGGGCUAAUGGUAUACCAGGGGAAAUAGUUGGCGUGGAGCCGGCGCCCGUUGGGAUUAGAGGCAGAAGCAUCAGGAGUCACGGACCUGAUGGCAGGGGACAAAUUCCAGACGGCGGUAGACAAGAGCCGGUGGUGGUCGACGAACCCUUGCCGGCAGCAGUACCAGUUGUGCUGCCUGUCAACGGAAAUGUUGAAAGGAUCGUUAGUCCAAAGGCUGAGGUAAUAAGGGUGCGUGGUGCGGCGACGCGUGCGUGCGUGGUGUGCGUGGUGGGCGGGCCCGGCAGCAACAAGGCCGCGCUCUGCCAGCGCGCCGUUGCGCAGGCGCACGGCUGGACACACUACAGCUUGGGGCAGCGUCUCCGCUCGCUGGCGGAGUCUGGCGGCGGGGCGGCGUCCGACGGCGCGCUGAGCCGCGCGGCGCUGGCGGGCGGCGAGCUGGUCUCCAACGAGCUGGUAGGGCGGCUGGUGCGCGCUGCGCUCGGAGACGCCGCGCGCACAGGACACGGGCUAGUGCUGGACGGCUACCCGCGCGAUUUACAGCAGCUGGAUAUGUUCGAGAAAGAGUUGAAGCUAUCGCCCCGCAUGGUGCUGGUGGACUGCUCGAAGCUGCAGCUGGGGCGAGGGCGGCGCGACGACUCCGUGGCCGCCUUCCGCCGCCGCCUGGAGGUGUUCCGCGAGCUCAGCCUGCCCAUGCUCAAGACGCUCGACCACCAGCACAGGCUCACCAUUGUGGACGGUGACACUGACUCGGCAGAAGUGCAGGAAGAGUUCACACGAGUGCUGCUGGAGGAGAUGGAGAAGGCGGAGGCGCUGGCCGCCAUCCCGCAGGACAAUCAUAUCACACAACCAGAGGAGACGGCGUUACCGCAAGGGCUGCCGCGCGCCAACGGUGUUGCCAACGGCGUAGCGCGGGCGCACAAUGGCGUCUUUCACAACGGCGCACUCGCUAACGGCUUUGCUGCCAUCGCUAAUAACAAGGUGAAACCGAUUAUAAACAACAUAAAUAGGAUCCCAACGAUCUCACAAAUGACACACGACGACGUCAAGAGAUUGUACCAGCAGAACACUGGAGACGUUUCUCUCACACAUCACAUCUGAACAAUCGGUGAUAUAAAUAACUUUAAGAAAAGUACGGAAUAAUCGUAAAGUACAAAAAUAACCUAUAAAUUGAUCAAAUCAAAUUAAAACGUUCUUAAGUAACACUUAACACUGCACCCAUAAUUUAUGUUUAGGUUAAUCAGCUUUAAUUUGUAUUAUUAUUUUCGCAUAGCAACACUAAAAUAUUACUUUUUAAACAAAUCCAACGGUUAAAUCAAUUAAUUUACCGAACGUACCUGAGAAUAUAGAACAAUGAGAUAAAGUAAAAUGUGCCUAAACUAAUAGUUCUAAUCGAAUUUUAAACACGUAGUUUUAGGUUAUUUUACAGUUAGUAUGAUAAAAUAGAAAUAAAACUACAACUUAAGUUAUAAGAGUCAAGUCAUCAAAAUUAAUAAUUACGAUAUAUGUUUAAUUCAUAAAAUUUUUGAUUAAUAAAAUUGUAGUUUUAAAAAAUCUAACCUAAAAAUAUUUAAAAUACGCACAUAAAAGUCAAGUGCCUUAACACUAUGUGGUAUUUUCGGUCGAUGUCUAAAGGACAAAAUUAUAUUAUUAUAUUGUAUAUGGUAUUAGAUAAAAGUAAAUUAUUACCUUAAAUAAUAUGUUAACUAACUAAUUUGGAAUAAAAGUUAGCAUUUAUUACUAACUUGAGUUCAGAAAUUACAUUUUCAUAAUUUUGGUGACCACAUUACCCAAAUGUAACUUUGUAUACGAUCUCAUGUUUAUUAUUUUUGUAAAACGGA